AUGAAGGCGCACAAGGUGAAGAAGGCGGGCGAGGGAGGGAAAGCGAAGGGUAUCAUUGGAGAGGGAGGGUCAAGUUUGGUGAAUCUGAAAAUAAGGAACGAAAAUAUCCACGUAAAAAAUAUCAUACGGACCAUACACUAUGUGUAUAACAAUAGGUACGACAGCGAGACGGGUUUCUCCUACAUAAAAGACAUUCUUAAAAAUAUCAUCAAGGGUAAUGUGUACGAUGUGGAGCACAAGCGAUACGUGAACGAGUACUGCAUUUAUGAAUUAUGCGCAAGAAUUGUAUUGAACAUGGUGAGGAGCAAUGCUAAGGAUGAAAACUUUAACAAGAUGAUGGAGUUUCUGUUUGACAUUUUGUACUACUGUGAUGUGUUGCUGAGUGAGAAGGGGAGUCGCAGGGGGGGCAGAGGCACCACAGGAGGAGGCCACGCCGCAGGCAACAUCACCAAUGGCAACAGCAGUGGGAAAGACGCAACCCAGGAGUAUGAACUCAUCGACAAAUUCUGGAAUAGACUCCUAGACAACAUAUUCAUCAAAGAUAAGAAACAAAGAAUCAACUUAUGUCGAGUCGUAAAAGCGUUGGUGAAGAAAGCAUGCGCUUUGCAGAUAGAUGUAUCGAACAAGUUAUGUAAGAAACAUGUGAAUAUUUUUUUAUCUCUUCUGAAUGAUAAGGAUCAUAACAUCCGGAUCUUGUGUCUGAAUAUUUUAGAACCCUUUCAGGAUUUUAACACGACAGCUAGCUAUCUGCGCUGUCUUGAUGAUUCUCACAACGCAGUCAGAAUACAUGCUAUUAAAAAUAUAGCCAUCUACACAGAUGAUGCCAAUGGGGGGAUCAACAGUAAGAAUAAUUACGACCACUUGAUCGUUCUGAAAAAUUUCCUUAUAAGAAUAAAUGAUACCAAUCCAAAUGUUAGAAUAAGUGUUUAUGAAAAAUUAAAAAAUCAUUAUUUUUUUAUCCCAUCCGAUAUGAAAUUUGAGUUCCUCUUAUGUGGACUUAACGAUAAGGACAACUCGGUCCGCCAGAGUUGCUACGGAAUGGUUAUUCAUUGGGUUCAACACUUCGAUGAUAAAAUAGAAAAUUUCCUUCUUCACUUAAUCAACAGCGAUAUCGACAACGACCUAAUUGUGGAGCAGAUAUGCAGAAUUCAUCUGAAUAGUAUUAGGAAUGGCGUAAUUCGGAGUGGCACCAUUGAAUUCGAUGAUAUGAAGAAGAGACCAUCCACCGUUGCUCCAUCAAUAGUGGGAAGAGAAAGUGGUAAAAGUAGAAACCAACUGGAGGACGAAGAAAACCCCAAUAAGUCGAACAAUAAUAACAGUUCUGCUAAUAAUAGUGAUAAGAAUAGCCCCUAUGGAGAAGCCUGGUUUACGCACUGCAUAAAUAAUCUGUUCCUACUAAACGCAGCGGAGCUGUACAUGCUUCGUGUAUACGUUCAACAUUUUUCUGACGAACAAGAGAAGGAAAAAAUAGAUGCACUCAAGGUGAUCAACGCGGUGUACUACUACAUGUACUUGAGCCGCUUCAAUGAAAAUGUCUACUACAACAGGAAGAACUAUAUUAACUGCAUCGAAAAUGACGAAAACGAUCAGGCGGAUAAUCUGCAUCUGUUCUGUACGUGUGGAAAGGGUAAGACAGAUAUAAAGGCGCUUGAGGAGGCAAGGAAGAAAAGGUUCAUGGAGAGCUCCAUUUUCGACGACGACUUUUGUGAUAAGUGCAUGUACUACCGGGCUGUGUGUAUCAACCAGGAGAGUAUCAAUAAUGAUGUGGAUGGCACUUUGCCUAACCAAGCAGAGAGCCAACGGGACAACGACCCCGGGGAGUAUGUCCUCAUCAAUGAAGACAACAUCAACGAAAAUUACAAUUACAUAUGUAACAUGAAGAACCUACUCUUGAUUUGCAAAUAUUUGGAUAUCAUAGAAACAUAUCAGGUGGAUAAAAUUCUAAAAUGUUGCUCCACUGUGUUGUUGCGUGGUCCCCUCCGAGAAGUUAUCAUCAAAUGUAUGCUCAACAACACGGGGGUGAAUUACUACAAACUGCAGAGGGGGCACAUUACGUGUGCCUACUGGCUCAGUAGCAGUUAUAUAUAUGCUUGUUUGGAAUUGCUCCGACAGAUGGUUUACAUAAAAAACAAGAACUGCGAUGCGAAUGAUGUAGAAAUUAGUUUGACCAAUCAGAUACUUGGAAUCAUUUCGGAGAUUAAGGAACCGUUCGAAAAUACCGAGAGUGAUAACCCCUUCGUCGUAGACACGUUUAACUUUGCAGAAGAGGAGGACAAACACCCAAAUCAGCCAAAUCACAUAACGCAGAUGCAGGCGCGAUUGGAGGGAUCCCCCCUACAUGGGAUAUCAUGUUCUCCUAAACUGGCACCAAAGGAGCAGACGGAGAAGAAUCCACUGGCGGUCCUCUUCAGCAACAUACUGAACGUUGAAAACGACACCAUCUUCGAUAUAAUCAGGAAGAAGAAGCUGAGCACGCUGUCAAUUGAGCACCUCCUGAUCCUGUGCAGGAAAAUGCAACACAAGUUGGACGUGACAGAAGCGAAGAUAAAAGACUUGACUGAAAUGGGUCGAGAAAAAACUUUUGAUGAAGUAAAAUCACCAAAAACUGAUGAUCAGAAGGACCAUAGUAAAAAAAAUCCAAUGUUUGCCUUCCAUGACCAGAUUAGACUACACACCCAUAUAUUUCUAAAACAGAUAACCAUGUUGAGUUUACUUCGACUGCAGCUUAAAAGGAGAUGGUUGCGAAUUUUAUUCAUACUAGAAUGUUUUUUAUGUAAGAGCAAAUCCCAUUGUUCAUUUGAUUCUGCUCUUCGUGAAUUUCCAAACGAGUUGUUAUUGCCUGCAUUGAAUUUCUGUUGUUCCAUCAUGCCAGAGUGGGAUGACAAAGAGAUAGAAGAUCAGUUCUACGAUAUUAUUGUUUCAAAAUGUUUAGGCAACUGGUGCAUGUAUAUAAGUAACGAUGAUGAAUUGAAAAAGCAAAUCUAUGCAUACAAAACUGCUAUAGUAGAUACCUGUGAGGUAUUAAAUAACUGUCUUGGUAGCAUUGAGAACCUUCAUAUGAAGGUAUGUCCCAAUGUGUACCAGAAGGCGAACAUUGAUUUGAUGAUUCAGACCGAAAGGGGAAUUAACAAAAGUGGUGCUGCGGGGAAUGUCACAGGCAGUACCACACAUGGGGGAGCUCCCCAGGAUGAUGAUCCAAAUUAUCAGAGAGGAACAUACGACGAGGAUACGAAUAAUCAACUGAUUUUCUAUGAAUAUAAUCCCCCCAAUGAGGCCUUAUUAAAUUAUUUUGCCACUAACCAGAAUGCUUGGUAUGAAUAUAAGGAACUGCUAGAAAAGUUGGAAAUCAAUUCUUUGCGGUGCGAAAUAUACAUUUGCGUUUUGGGAGACUUACUUAUGACGCAUCCCAAUUUAAACAAUGACAAACUGAUCAUCGAUGCAGUGGAAAAUAUUUGGAGCUAUCUAUGUGGAACUGUCAACACGAGCAAAUACAUUCAAUCGAUAUGUCUGCGAGUUUUCUGCAAGUUGUUGUUAACUGAGUUUCUGGGAAUUCACAUUUUUAAACUGUCAAAUGAGGAAAUGCACAAAAUCGUGAGAAAAUCGUCGGAUAAAUUGAAAGCUUUGCUCGAAAUGUGUUUUCUCAUCUCUCCUUCCACCUAUAAUAGUGUACAAGACUUCAAAAAAAUUAGUACAUUCAAUAUAACUAAUAUAAAUGCACAUGAUAAACUUUUUCUCUUUUCCGUGUUCUCUAUGUAUCCAUCAAUGAGUGAAACAAAUCUCCUGGUCUUCCAUUUCACCUUCGAAGAAGUGCUACUAAAAACAUGCGAUGGAGUCUUGAAGCACAAGUUGAGAACCGUCAACUAUACCAACAUGCUAACAUUUAUUAUUUUCACCAUUCUACAUAAGGCAAAUAUAUACUUCCUCGUUGCCCACUUCCAUAAGUAUAUAAAAUCUAUCCUAUUAAUCAUCAUUGAGAAGGGCAUAGCCUUAACUAGUCGCUCUAAUAUUGUCGAACUCGUAUAUAAAAUUAUACAGAUUUAUCUCUUUCACGAUUUGAGCGAUGUCAGGGGGAUUUCCUCAGCUUCUACUUCCUCUGUCCAGGCUCCCACUGCGGAUGGAGGAAGUGCUAAAGAAGGUGGAUUGCACGAACCCAGGGAUGCGAAAAAAAGAGGUCGCAAGAAGAAGAACGAUGUAACCCCUGAAGAAUCAAACGAGAAGAAAGAAACAGAAGAUCGAGAAAACAAUCUGAAUAUGCAUACCAAUUUUGAAAUCGAAAUGGAAAAAGCAGAGAAAGCGGCACAGGAAGAAAAGUCCAAAAAAGGAGACAAUAAAAAUUGCACCAUUUUUUUAAAAAGUGCUCUGACAGAUGUGAACACCACCAUCAAAGAUUUAAAGACAUUCUAUGUCCUCAUAAAUUUCUGUAUGCAUUGCAGUGAUAUUAUAAAAUCGAGAAAUGAAAUUAAAUUAUGUGAAGCAUUGAAAGAAUGUUUGCAGAAAAAGAUAGACGAGGUUAGGGCGUACUUCGUCGGAAGGAAUCUUAUAGUUGGUGCUACAACGGGGGUAGACCACCCCAUGGGGAAUACAAAUAACCUUCUAGAUGUCGCCAAAAUGGAUUCACUCAAGGAAGAAACCAUUUACGAGGAAAUUAUCAAUGAGUAUGUUAACUACAUAGGAACACUGCGACAGAGGACAUUCUCCUACCCAGUCCUCCCAAGGGGAAUAGAUGGUUCCAAUGACGAGGAAAUGUCCACAAAGGAAAUCUUGGAACAGAUUAACCAUACGGAGAAAGGGGAGCGCCCAAGUGAAUUCUUCUCUGAUGAUGUACGCGCCGCCGGUGAUGUGUGUAGUGAUUUACAAAAUGGAAAUUAUGGUCGCCUCUUCGAAAAGGCGACCGACUUGGCUGUUAGUUUGAAAUAUACGCUCGGUGAACCUGGCAUAGAGCACAAAGAGACACAGGAAGAAUUUAUCGAUGCAAAUGAAGAACCAUCAUUUUCUAUCCAAAACAGUUUCGAGACUAUCGAUGACAUUAAGAAGUUUACCUGUCCCCCGGACGAACUUGUAGAUGUGAACAGUGCACCCCAUCUUGUCCCUGCGCAUAGCGACGAAACGAUUUUGCAGGACGAGAGGGAUGGUUCUACACUUGUCGCAUACAAUCGGGGGGACACAACAGUGGAGGAAGAGGCUGGAAAGGAAUGUCCCCUCAAGGAAAAUCCCGCCAAUAACAGCAGCAUAAAGUCAGAUAAACGAAACUCCCCGCGCAAGCUAACAGAACUGAACAUAAGUUCCAGCGAGGAAAGCCUCGCAGAGGAGGAACACCCUUCAAGCAUGAACGACUUUGAGAGCGUAAGGGAUGCAGACGAUUUUGACGACCACAAUAGCGAAAGCAGUACACAUAGCAACGACUCCACUGCCAUGGCAUUUAAUCGAUUAAAUAAAUUGAGGCGAACUAGCUAUACCAAUGUUGUUUCGAAGUGA